AUGAAUAAAAUUGUCAAGAAGCUAUUGAAACGACAGCUUGACAAAGCCAAAGGAGCCUGGCCGGAGAAGCUUCCAGAGGCGUUAUGGGCCAUCCGGACAUCCUACCGAACAGCAACCGGGGAAACACCGUUCUCCAUGGCUUUCGGCUCGAAAACGGUAGUCCCAGUAGAAAUCGGAGAGCCUUCCUAUCGAACGGAAGCUUUCAAACCGAAAGCGAAUGAGGAGGCGCUCGCCUUAAGCCUCGACUUACUCGAAGAACGUCGAGCACAAGCCAACCUUCGGAACGAAGCUUACAAGCAGCGCGUCUCUCGGUACUAUGACUCCAGGGUCAGAUCCCGCUCUUUCCGAAUCGGAGACUGGGUCAUGCGAAAAGUCUCUCUGGCAACUAAGAAUCCUACGGAAGGAACCCUCGGACCUUCCUGGGAAUGA